UCGAGCGAAAGAGGGAAAGGAGGAAGGAAGGUGGGACAGGUAGAGAGAGAGAGGAGAGGGGGGGAGCAGCGCGAAAGAAGAGAGGGAGAAGAAGAGGCGCGUGGUGGUCGUGGUGGGUGCUCGGUAGUGGACGGACGAGAGCGAGCGAGCAUCCAGAUCUGUCGCGUGCUGCGUCGCUCUGGGAUGGGACGGAAUCGGGACGACACGACCACGACCACGACGACGAUCGCAACCACGACGAUCGCAACCACGACGACAAUAACGACGACGACGACGACGACGACGACGACGACGACGACGAGGACGACGAGGACGGGACGAGACGAGACGAGACGGGACGAAACGGGACGACGACGACGACGGAUACCACUACACGUACUCCGGGAUGGGAUGGAUGUUGCGGCCCCGUGUGAGUAGCAGCGAGUCGAGUCGAUCCCUGGUGCGCGCUGGUAUUGGUUUCACUCUCGGCUGCUGCCGGCCCGUGUGCUGGUGUGUCGAUCUCUCUACGAGAGCGAACCGAGGAGCGUGGCCGAACCGAGCCGGAGAAGAGAACCGCGGCACUCGUUCAGUAGUUUCUCGGACGCCGCACCGGCACCAUCCGACCUACCAGAUAACCCCGUCGACUUACCGCCGACUACCCCCGACCGAUCGACCGACCACGCAACGUCGCACACCUUCCCACCACCACCUUCGAUAAUAUAUAAUAUAUAUAUAUAUAUGUGUGUGUGUGUAUAUAUAUAUAUAUAAAAAGAGAGAGAGAAAGAGAGAGAGAGAGAGAGAGAGAGAGAAAAUAAUUCGAUCCGAUUUUCGGUCUUCUCUCGACGGGUCACAAAGUGGAGGAGGAGAAAUAUCGUCGGUUGUGGAAGAUCGUAUCGGCCACGAGGGGGAUUGGAAAAAGUAAUCGCGAUACGACGACGGUCGCGUGACGACGACUCUCCACCUUGGCCUUUUUAUUUUUUUUUUUUUUUCCCUGCCGAUAUUUAACGCGUGCCUAUGUACAUAAAUACGUACACACGUAUAUAUAUGUGUAUAUGUACACGUACAUGUAUAUAUAUAUAUAUAUGUAACAGCGGUGUGGUGUGAUUUCUUCCCCCCUUUCGAAGCUCCAGAAGAGUGUGACACGCGCGGACCUCGUUUUCUUUUUUUCCUUUCCUUUCCUUUUCUCUCUCUCGUCGUCGUGUCGCGCUCGUUCGAUUGUUUAUCAGCAGGCCCGGCCCCCGGUGUGGUGUGUAGCGGGGUAGAGGGAAGGAUCUCGCGGUGAAUAGCGGGUCUUUGCCAGGUGUUUUCUCUUCGCGCGUUUAUAUACGCAGUGAAACGGACCGUGUGUGUAGUACGCGUGCCUUGUGUGUACAAGCAAGUGUGCCUUCGCGAACGUAAUUCACGCGCCGAUUCCCCGUUCACGCGGGAAACCAAGUGGUGGAAGAAGAAAGUAAUAAAGAGAGAGAGAAAAAGAAGAAGAAGAAGAGGAAGAAGAAGAGGAAGAGGAGAAAGAGUGUGUUCUCGAAAUAGUGGGUGUUAUCUGCCUCUUUUCUUUUUUUCUUUUUUUCCUUCUCCCAACUCGAAGGAGAGAGAGAGAGAGGAUAUUUCGCGCGAUUACGACCCUUGCCGACUCCGGAAGGAUAUCGCGGAGGAGUCUCCCACGGAAGGCAGCAGGGAGAAAGAGUGAAGUGAAAGAGAAAUCGUGAUAUAGACGAAGACAAGGAGAAAAAGGGGGAAGAGAAGGAGAAGGAGGAGGAGGAGGAGGAAGAGGAGGAGGAGGAGAAAGAGAGAGAUAGAGAGAGAGAAACCCGUUAAGGCGGUACGAGUAACGUGUCGGUGGAGGUUCUUGCGAUUGAUAGAGGGACUGAGAAAGAAGCAAAAGGAAGAGAGAAAGGGACGGAGCGAGGUCGACGAAGGUAAUCGCGGUGGCAUCGAGCUGUGCGUGCCUUCGACAAAACCGAUUAAGGACGAUCGAUCGCGGGACGAAGGAUCGAUCUUUCCUUUCGUCGCCAAUUCCGAUCGCCCCGUGGCCGUAACGACGUUUCGACGUUCCACGUUCGCGCCCGUCUCUCGAUGCUGCCCCCUCGUAAACCGAUCCCGUGGUUCCCCAUCUUCGCGAACAAACCGUUCUGACUGCCGCCGCUCACCUCGCGCAACGGAAACCCACGCGGCGAGGACGCGUACAAUUAGGCGUUGAUCACCCCGCGCAAUAAUGCGAGACUCGAGCGGAAAACGCGGUGCAUGGACGAUAAAGGCGGGCCGGCCGGUGCAUCCUCCUCGCUGCUGCGCAUCCGUCCACGGAAUCUCGUUCAAGGCGAAAGUGGAAAUCGAGGAUGAGGUGGACUUGUUUUAUCCAGCCAGCGAAUAAUAAUAAUAAUAAUAAUAAUAAUCAUAAUAAUAAUAAUAAUAAUAAUAAUAAUAAUAAUUAUAAUAAUAAUAAUUAUAAUAAUAAUAAUAAUAUUAACAAUAAUAUCUCGUUCCUGUGCGAUCAUCAACGAUCCGUUUCUACGAAUCGUCGUUGCAACGUCCCCGACGCGUUUUGAUCGGCCUUCUCCCCCCCGGCCCCCGUCCUGCGGACGGAAAAAGGAAGGAAAGGAAGGAGGGGAAAGAGAGAGGGAGAGAGAGCGAGCGAGCGAGCGAGCGAAAGGAGAAACUAUCGGGAGAUCGGCGAAGAAGAUCGGCAGGCAGUGGGAGGAAGCGGAGCGUGGAUAGAUAAGAAGAAAGGAGGGCUCGGAAAGAGGAGUGUGGAUGAGAGCGUCAUGCCCGCUGAGAUCGACACGGGCGGGCCAAGGGUGCUGCACUGUGAUUACCGUGCCGACUGCCCGAUACAGAAGAUCGUAGCUUCCACUAUCGAGCCUUCCUCUUCCUUCCGCCCCGAGGAGAAGAGGAAACGGAAAGAACUCGUUCCAGAGGGGAGCCCGAUUACCGUGCCUCCUUCCAACACCCGCGAAAACCACGAGCCACGUGAUCGUCGUAAUCCUUGCUCCUCCUCCUCCUCCUCCUCCUCCCUUCCUCCCUCCUCCUUCGCCUCCUCUCGCCCGAUCGCGUGCACGCGCCCCGCCGCGCUCCAAUGCGAUUCCCUUUCCCUUGGUCGUCGCCGCCGCCGCCGCCGCCGUCGUCGUCCUCCUCGUCGUCCAACGACGGGAAUAAUCCUCGACGACGACGACGACGACGACGACGACAGGGACGACCGUCAUCCCCGCCCACCAUCCGACCACCACCGAUCCUCGUCGUCCGAUAACGCGACGACGUCGUCCACGACGAUUCGAUGCAUCGAGGUAUCGGAUCGCGCUCGUCAUCAUCACCACCGCCGCCGCCGCCGCUGUCGUCGUCGUCGUCGCCGACGUGGCCCACCUCGUCGUCGAGAUGCGCUCGAGCACGACGAGUCGCGACUCGCCUCGAUCCGUCGUCGAGAUCCUUCGAUAGCAGAGGAGAGAAGGAGGAGGAGGAGGAGGACGAGGCGGGACGAGGGAAAACGCGACGAGUGUCAUCGUUCGUUGGAUCGAAGCGAGACGAAGCGGAGACUCGAGGAGGAGGAGGAGGAGGAGGAGGAGGAGGAAUCGAGGAUCCCGCUCCGUUCGAGGAAACGGGAAAACGAGGCGACGGGAGGUCAGGGUGGUCGAUACUGGCGUCCGGACGAAGAAGACGAAGAAGAGGAAGAGGAAGAAGAGGAAGAGGAGGAGGAGGAGGAAGAAGAAGAAGAAGAAGAGGAGGAAGAAGAAGAAGUGGAAGAGGAAGAGGAAGAAGGCGAAGAAGGAAGGUGGUGCUCGAAAGGACUCGAGGAGCCGGCGUGGAAGAGUAGUAGUAGUAGUGGUGGUUGUGGUAGUGGUGAUGACGGUGGUGGUGAUGGUGGUGGUGACGGUGAUGGUGGUGCACGGUUCUCUAGUCACUGGAACGAGGCUUGGACGUACGAGGAGGAGGCGGCGGCGAGGAACGGCACCGCGUUUCUUCCGUCCUUGGCCGAUGAAACGUGGAAGGAAGUGGAAGACGCGACGAAUUCCUGGAGCGGUGAGUCGCGCGUCGCCAAGGUCGUGGCCGAUCCCCGCCAGACCGACUUUCCUUCCACGUUGGAGCACGAGCACGACCACGGGUCCUUGACGACGACCUCGACCACGACGACGACGACGACGACGACGACGACGACGACGACGAGGAGGAGCGAGCGUAGAACGAGGAAGAAGAAGAAGAAGAAGAAGAGACGCGCGUGCAGCACCGCGGCCAGCAACCGUUCCACGUACAUUCAGUUAGCGUUACUCCUGUUCCUCGUCGCGUUCGGCCAGUGCGCACUUCGUCGAUCCGCCGGUGUGUUCAACAACAAUAAUUGCAGUGCGAGACCGAGUACGAUCGGGUUUAGUGUGUUGGCGAUUGGGACGGUUAUCAGUGCAGUGAGUGCCGCGCCCCUCGAUUUGACGGGCGACGCCGGGGUGAGGGCGGAACGAUCGGCCAAUUUGUCCCACAUCACCGGCGCCUCGAGGAAAAUCCAGAUGUACAUCAAGAAUCGGCAUCUCCAGAUCCUGCCCGAUGGAACGGUCAACGGUUCCAACGACGACACUUCGGAUUACACGAUAUUUCAACGAACAUCCGUGUCCAGGGGUCAACUGAGGAUCCAAGGUGUCGCGACUUGCCUGUACCUGUGCAUGGAUUCCUGUGGUCUUCUUUACGGCUCGCGCGAGUACACGGACGAUUGCGUGUUCAACGAGACCCUGGAGCAGCACAACUACAACACGUACAGCUCGGCGAAAUGGUCGACGGCUAAGAAAACGUUGUACCUCGGAUUGAACCGUCACGGGCAGCCGAGGAGGGUACAGGCCAAGGGUCACAAUCUCGGCAGGCUGUCCGCCUACGCGCGGGUGUUGACUCAGGUCGCGCCUCUGGACCGGGUGGAGACCCUCCAAAGGCGGAUGCUCGGCGCCCAGCACAACGUUCGCCACCGUCACAACACCCACCGCGGCGACCUCAUCCAACAGUCCCUCUGCCCCGCGCUCCCCGCCCAGGAGAAGGACGGCAGGGACAAGUUCAGGUGUCGCAAGCGGAAGAAGAGGAAGAAGAGGAAGCGGAGGUGCAGACCGGGCGAGAAGCCGGGCCCCCAGUGCCAAACAGCCGAGGGAAAGCCGCUUCCCCCGGCUAGGAGCCAGAGCCUAGCCGCGAACGGGACGUCCCCAUCGAUCCAAUCGAAGAGAUCGUGCGAGGGUCUGGCGAGCGAGGAGGCCUGUCGAAGAGAGGCCCUCUCGGUCCCCUCCAAGAAACGGAAGCUGCGGGUCGAGGAGGCUGCCGAGAACGGAGAACGGGCAGAAGGAGGAGGAGAAGGUGAAAGAGGAGGAGGAGGAGCAGGAGGAGGAGGAGGAGAGAGAGGAGGAAGAGGAAAAGGAGGAGGAGGUGGAGGAGGAGGAGGAGGAGGAGGAGGAGGGAGGAACGUCACCGGGAGCAGCAACGGUAAGAGCAAAGCGCCAGCAUCAAACGCGAAAAAAGUAAACGCCGCUGGUAGCACGAGUCAGAGUAAAAAGCCUAAUUUGACGAACGGGAAGAAGAGAAAGAAGAAGGGGGCGCAGCAACCGAGGAGGAAUUCGUGGUCGGUGGGUCUGGGCCGGAAGAGGUCGAAGCCUGGCGGAGUUGUGGCGACGAGCGCUGCCACCACGGCGGAGGCGACGACGAGCACGGUGGGAACGACGAUACCGACGACCACGAGCAUUACCUCGACCACGGUACCCGCCACGACAACGACCACGACGACAACUACGACGACGAGAACGACGACGACGACGACGACGACGACGACGAGAGGCGUGGUGGCGUAGGGCGAGCAAAGGCCGAGGGAAACUCGAGGGGAGAAGAAGAUCCGCGGCCACUGGCGGGCAAAGCCGGAACUCUGCGUCCUUCGCCAUGGUGCCCCCUCAAUUCCUCCUUCUUGUUGCUCCUGGUUCGCUCGAUCCAGUGGACCUCGCCCCGAUCCUACCACCGCGCCGCGUGAGAUCUGCGAAAGCGCGAGGAUCGCGUCCAGGCCUCGGCCUAAUCGUCUCCUUCAUUCCCCCGAUUGUAUCGCGAUAUUAUUACCUUCUUCUUCUUCUCGCCCUGCCCCUCCCUUCCCCCUUCGUCCAACUAGUCUCAUCACCGUCUCGACGACCGCUCCUCCUCGUCGACCAUUGUGUCUCGUCGAUUCCCAUCCGACGAUAGCCAUCUCGUCGCGUAUCUUCUUACCGCGAGUCAUCUCUUCGCCGCGUCUUAAUUAGGACCUGUAUACCUACAGUUGGUAACGAGCAGGGUGUGAAGGGAGUGUAUCCUUCUUUUAUACGCGUAUAUACAUACAUACAUACAUAUAUAUAUAUAUGUAUGUAUGUAUGUAUAUACGUGAUUCCAUCUUGAUCUUAAUCGUUAGAGUUACAAUUACAAUUUUACCGAUAUCUCUCUUAGAUGAUAAUCGACGAGGCUUUCGUCUUACGAGUAAAAACGGAUAAGAGAUACGGAAUUACCCGUGCAAUCCAUAAAAUCCGCUUCUUUUACACCCUGCACGCUGAGGUCUUGUCGUCUCUUCUCCCUCGCCGUGUUCCACGGUUAACGAAGGAGAAGGAGAAGGAGAAAGAGAGAGAGAGAGAGAGAGAGAGACAAGGAGCCGCUGUUUACGAGAAAACAUACACGACUGUUUAUAUAUUAUUAGCCAAUACUGAAAAUGAGAGAGGAGAAAUAUAAUGAAAAAAGACUGGGACGUGAGCCAUUAUUCGCUGUAUACGAGGCGUGUCGCGAUAACGAGCGCGCGUUUCAUCGAUUAGCGUAAUUGUGAUCGACGGAGUAUUACAUACGAAAAAGGGAUAAUUCGCUUGUCGAAAAGAGAGAACGGAAAUCGUAUCCCGUAUCCCCGGAUCGAGAAUUGGAUCGCAAAUUCAUUCGUUUCCUCGCGGCUUAUCGAAGAAAAAUGUAUUUCGAUCGAGCCACGCGGAGGAGGAACGCACCGAGGAAUCCCAUCAAGUUCGCCGUUAAGAGAAUAAUCAAUGCCCCGCACGCUUAAUUAGAUCAUCGACUGUACAUAUAUAUAUAUGUAUAUACACUCGGGAACGAUCUCCUCUCCAUAACGAAGGAUCGUUCUCGUUUUCUCUCGGGAUUAAGAGAGUUUUCGUGCUCGUUACGCGAUCACGUUUCUUUUAUCCUAUAAUCGAGAGCGUCUCUCGGACACACGCGGCUCCUUCCUUCCCGACGUGUCAUCCGUCCGGGAUGAAUGAAUUCGUUCCUUCGAUCCGGUCGCGUGCCUUUUAUGUAUUUUCUCUUUUUUCUCUUUUUUUCUUUCCUUUUACCGCGAUUAGCGGGAAAACGGCUUUGAACCGAGAAGAAUCGGGUUUGCGGUUUCUUCUUCGAGUUACCAGUUUCUUGGAGAAAUGGAUCCGUGAAUAACGCAAGUCGGAGGCGUGAAAAAACAGGAGGCCUCGAUCGAGUUGGGCAACGUCUUCAUUCCCCUCGAUUCAAAGUUGCAAGAGGGAAGGACGAAGGAACGACGCGCACGCAACCAACGUCACGCACGAAUGUAAACGCCGU